AUGUUAUAUUUUAAAAUUAAUAUUAAAUUAAUUAUUUUUUCAAUGAUUUUAAUUAUUGUAAAAGCCAAUAAAAAGGAACAUUUAUAUGUUAUUAGCGAUUAUGAAAAUUCAAUAAAUUGUAGUGGUGAAAUUACAAGAAUCACAGUAUUUUAUGAACAUAAAUUUUGGACUGAAACUCAAAAUGCAAUGAUAUCGUGCGAACCAUUAAUUAUUCCAAUUCAAUGUACAAUAGAAUCAAAAUAUUAUCAAACAGAAAUUUUCACUCAAAAUCAAUGUUAUAAAGGUAGGAAAUUGGAAAUUAUAAAAAUUAAUGAUUUUAAUUUUGAUAAAUCAAAAUUUUGUUUACUUUCUGAAUAUAGCACAUCAACAUGUGAUUAUAAACCAAUUUUUAGUUUUGGAAUUAAAAAUGGAUAUUGUGUAGAUGGAAUUACAAUGGAAUGUUCAGAUUUAAAAUAUAAAAUUUCAACAUGUGAUAUUAUAAAUAAAGAUCCUAAAAAAUUUGAAAUUACUAAAAAUGGAUUCUCGAGUGAAAAUCCAACAUUAAUUUGUAAAAAUUCAAUUGGUUAUUUAAAUGAAAGUUCAAGAGGAUUUAGAGCACAACCAUUCACACUCGAUGGUAUAAUUGACCCGUUAUAUGAAGAAAGAAUUUUACAAAUGCCUUCAAAUCAAUUUAAUAAUAAUAAUAAUAAUAAUAAUAACAAUAGUAAUAUUAAUAAUUCUGAUGAAAUUUCAAAAUCAGUUUCAACAUUUUGGUAUUUAAAAAAUAUUUUAUAUAUAAUAUUCAUUUUUAAUAUUUUUAUUAUAAUUAUUUAA